AUGAACGCACGUUUGAGCUUGAUUGUUUUUCUCGCAGGCCUCGUUCUGCAUGCGACCGUGGGCUCGAAUCACCGUGCGUUGGCUGGGGAAAAGCCGGGCGAAUCGACGAACGUCGAAGACGGUUCGUCGGCAUGCUCCGAUUGUCAGCGGCCUUCGAUCACCGUUCAGGAUCAAAGUCGGCGGUUGCUGUCGCCGGGAUUCCGGCUGGUGGUUAUCCCGGCAAGUGAAACUGGCAAAAGAAAGCCCGAAUUACACCUCGAAGAAGACCAGGUGUUUGAAGGUCGUUCCUUGUUUCGCUCCAACGAGCCCCCGUUGCUUUUAAAAACAGCCGCCUAUGGGCUGAGUCAAGCCGUGAAGCUGGCCGACCAUAAGAUCGGCGAAUCUCAACAUCCGUUGCUAAUCGAUGCCGGGAUAAGCCGUCAGGUAUCGCUCGAAACGCCACAAGAGAAACUGGCCGCCUGCAAAUACUGCAGUCAUCAGCACACCUUGCGUUUGAAGGAUAAACUCACGCACAGUUCCUCCAAAGAACCUGCCGAACCAAGUUCCACCUCGGAGGGAGCGCCCGUUGGAGCUCCUAAAGAGUCGAAGACGGUGAAGGAGCUUGUGGAUUUGAUGGAGUCGCUGGGUCCUGGCGUGUUGGAGAAUAGUGUCUUCAACGUUUCGGAGAUAGACAGUGAGCCGAGUCUCCGACAGGCUUUGGUGCAGAAUCUCAGCGAGCUUGAAUCCUUGAACACCACGGAAGUGAUUCAGACGGAAGGAGUUCACGAUGAGGUGUCCAGCGAUUCAGCGGUGAUUAACCCUUGGUACGAUUCAGAAUCGAGUGCGGUCCCUGUGUUCGAAGCCGAGACCGACUCUGAAACCGCGAGAACGAUCAACCUUCGCAUCGAUGCCCUUCGCGAAUCUGCCGAACAACUCGACUUAGUGGCUAAUCAACUCGAACGCAAAGACCUGUACUACCAAAGCGAUCAACUUAGGGAGUUAGCGACUCAGCUUCGAAGCGACGCCCGAAAUGCCCGCAUCGCACUGAUGUCACAGCCGGCCUCCGAAGACGAUCUCCCAGAGGUCGAGUCGAGCGAAGAACCGCUCGACCUGGGGCCCGUAACACAAGGCAGACAGAUUCCUGGUGGGUGGCAACUGCAACAAUUGCUACAGGCCGCACGAUCUGCCCGCGGCCAUGAUUUGCUGAAGCUUUGGCCGCCCUUGAGGUAUCGUCGGGGCGUUUCCGGGGGCAUGUCGGUUCCCGUUGGGGUUCUCUUCGCCACUGCUGCGGUUGGCAGCCUGGUAUUGGGCCGAAUUAGCGAUCUCUACCCGGAACAGACUUAUCAAGGCCUUCGGCCAUUUGCCCGAGCAGGGGGUCGCAGUAUGGCGAGUGAAAAAAUGGCGACCGAGAAGUAUGUCGAGAUUCUCAUUCGACAAGGGGUGAUCAGUAAGGACCAGUUCGAAGAGGCAGAACAACUGGCCCGCGCCUCUAAUGUCUCAGUUGGCGAGUCGCUCAUCCGCCUGGGAUAUGCCUCGGGUGACGAGGUCAUGCGGGCCGUCGCUCAAGAGCACGGGCUCGACUUCGUGAAUCUCGACGAAGUGGUCGUCCCACCCGCGGUUAUCGAACUGGUUCCCGAAUCGGUGGUGCGAGAAAACGCGAUUUUGCCCCUGUCCGACGAGGGUGACGCGUUGAAGGUGGUGGUCAGCGAUCCACUCGACCUGGACACCCUCGACAAGCUGAGGUUCAUCCUCAAUCGCAAGAUCGACAUCGCCCUGGCCCCCCGAGAGAGCAUUCAGGCAUCGAUCAACCGGCACUAUGGCCAGACCGAAGGCGAAAGUGCCGACUCGAUGCUGCAGGAAUUCACUGAUACGGCCAUCGACUUCACCGAAACCGAGGAAGACUCGGCUUCCGAAGACGACGUCGUCGAUGAGACCAGUGCCCCGAUCGUACGGCUGGUGCAGCUCAUCAUUACCGAGGCUGUUCAGCUGCGGGCAUCUGAUAUCCACGUCGAGCCUUUCGAAGACCGAGUCCGCGUCCGCUAUCGGGUAGAUGGCGUACUGGUCGAGCGCGACAGCCCUCCCCGCCGCUUGUUGGGGGCCUUGCUCUCCCGCGUAAAGAUCAUGGCGAAGAUGGACAUUGCGGAACGCCGACGCCCCCAGGAUGGGCGGAUUAAGGUCACGGCAGGCAGUAAAGAGCUCGACCUGCGUGUGAGCGUUCUGCCGACCAAUCACGGUCAGUCGAUCGUCAUGCGGCUGUUGGAUAAGGACAGCAUCCGCGUGGGGGUUCGCCAGCUUGGUAUGGCCGACGAGGACUACCGGACGUUCAAGAACCUCAUCCGCCGCCCGAACGGCAUCAUCCUGGUCACCGGGCCGACAGGCUCCGGUAAGACGACUACGCUUUAUGCGGGCUUGAACGAGCUGAACCGACCCGAUCGGAAAAUCAUCACCGCAGAGGACCCCGUCGAAUACUACCUGCCUGGUAUUAACCAGGUGGAGGUGAAGCACAGCAUCGGACUGGACUUCGCCCGAAUCAUCCGCGCGAUGCUGCGUCAGGCCCCCAAUGUGAUCCUCGUGGGUGAAAUGCGAGAUCAAGAGACUGCGGAGAUGGGAAUCCAAGCUUCCCUUACUGGACACUUGGUAUUCAGUACGCUGCAUACGAACGAUGCGCCCGGUGCUAUUACACGUAUGGUGGACAUGGGCGUCCCCGCCUAUCUGGUGGCAAGUAGUGUGAUUGCGGUCCUCGCCCAGCGUCUGGUGCGGGUGGUUUGCACCAAAUGCAAGCAGCCAUAUACGCCUAGCGACUCGCAAUUGGAGGCCGCCGGAAUCUCCCCCGAUAUGGCUAGCAAAGCCAACUUCAUGCGUGGCAAGGGCUGCGGAAAUUGCGGGCGGAGCGGCUAUCGCGGGCGGCAGGGCAUCUUCGAGUUGAUGUUGCUCUCGGCAAAGAUUCGCGAGUUGACUUUCAAAGGUGCGUCGACGCAGGAAAUUCGUAAAGUCGCAUUAUCACAGGGGAUGCACACUCUGUAUGACGACGGGGUCGCCAAAGCGAUGAAGGGGGUGACCACGCUCGAUGAGGUCUUCCGCGUCGCCAAGCUGAUUUACUUGAGCCUGGAGAUCGAGUUACGAAUAAUUCGCGUGCUGGAGCUAGGCAUUGGAUUAAACUCUAGGCAAACUGCCAGCGAGAUGAGUGGGGCUUCGGAACAGAAGGCGACAGAGGUCCUCGUCGAUCCGCUAGCGUGGGGUGCCAGCUGCGAUCGAGUUCGAGGUGCCAGCGAUCUGCACAUUGCCGUAGGCCAGCCGCCAGUCAUUCGUCUUCACGGCCACCUGCGCAAGCUCGAUACCAAGUCGCUCGAGCCUGAAGACACGGUGGCGUUGAUGAAGAGCAUCACGCCUGAGCGGUGUCAGCAAGAGUUGCAGGAAGUCGGCGGUACCGACUUUGGGUUUGCUUUUGGUGAUGCGGCCCGAUUCCGCGUGGCCGUGUUCAAACAGCGCGGCAACGUGGGCAUGGUGCUGCGGCAGAUUCCCAACAACUUCAUGUCCAUGGAUCAGUUGGGAUUGCCAUGGCCUUGUAAAGAUCUUUGCAUGCGGCCUCGGGGGUUGUUUUUGGUCACGGGCCCCACGGGUUCGGGCAAAAGCACGACCCUGGCCAGCAUGAUUAAUUACAUCAAUACGACGAUCGAUCAUCACAUCAUUACGAUCGAAGAUCCGAUCGAGUUCUAUCACUAUCACAAAAAGUCGACCGUCAACCAGCGUGAGAUUGGCGUCGACGUGCCGUCGUUCCCCGAGGCGAUUCGCCGAGCGUUGCGUAUGGACCCCGACGUUAUUCUCGUCGGUGAAAUGCGUGACUUGGAAACGAUCGAAGCCGCCAUUACCGCGGCCGAAACCGGUCACAUUGUGUUCGGCACGUUGCACACCACGGGUGCCGAAGGCACGGUGAACCGCAUCAUCGACGUGUUUCCUUCUAGUCAGCAAGAUCAGAUUCGCGUGCAGCUCUCCACGUCGAUCAUCGGCGUUCUGUCGCAAGCCUUGUUGCCCAAGGUCGGCGGAGGCCGUGUGGCUGCCCACGAAAUGCUCGUGGUCAAUCCGGCCAUCGCGAACCUGAUUCGUGAAAAUAAAACCUUCCGUAUCACAUCAUCGAUUCAAACGGGUGGUAAGUACGGCAUGCAACUGCUGGACGACGCCUUGUAUCAGUUGUGGCGCAAUGGCACCUGCGUGAAAGACGAUGUGAUGAUGAAGUCCAAUAAACCAGACGAACUAGCAGCUCGAAUCGCUCGGGCUGAAUCCGGUAUGGGCGAAGAAGAAGAGGUGGUCCUGGAGAUAGUGAAUGGUUUGCCGACGCAAACGGCCGCUCGUGUGCGUGUUGCGUCCAGAAGAAGUCGUGCCGGCCCACGGCCUGAACCUUUUAAGCAUCUGAGAAGACAGAACAUGGCAAUUCGACGUUUAGGACAAAUUCUCGUCGACCUCGGGUUCAUCACCGACGACCAGCUCGAGAUGUUGUUGGAAGAACAGCAGAAUCGACCCGGCGAGCUUAUCGGCAAAGUGGCCGAAAGCAUGAGCAUGAUCACCGACGACCAGCUCGCGCAAGCGCUGGCCGAGCAGAUGAACAUGCGGACAAUCUCGCUGGCCGAUACCACCAUCCAGCAAGACGUGUUGGGAUACGUCACCGAGCCCAUGGCGAUGCUCUACCGCAUCAUUCCCGUCGCAUUUAAAGACGGCGUGCUCACCAUUGCCAUGUGCGAUCCGCAAAAGCUGCAGAUCCUGGACGAGCUUCGUAACUUCCUCGGCUACGAUAUCCGCGCCGUGGUGGCCACCGAGACCGAUGUACUCGCCGCACUAGAUCGCUACUACUCGGCCAGCGGCGAAAGCGUCGAGACACUCGUUUCCGACAUGGAAGACGAUGCCGACCUGCAGAAGGUGGCCGAGUCGAUCAGCGACGACGGGCCCAUCGAUCUCACCAGUGUCGAAGCCCUGGCCGACAGUGCUCCGGUUCGCAAGCUGCUGAACAUGGUGCUGCUGCUGGCCAUUAAAGAUCACGCGAGCGACUUGCACUUCGAACCGUUCGAGGACGAGUUCAAAAUCCGCAUCAAGGCCGACGGCGUGCUGUACGAAAUGGUGCCGCCGCCCCGGCACUUGGCCUUUGCCAUUACUACUCGCAUCAAGGUGAUGGCCAACCUCGAUAUUGCCGAGCGGCGGUUGCCGCAGGACGGUCGUAUCGAACUCACCGUGGGUGGUCACCCGGUCGAUCUUCGCGUUAGCGUGCUUCCCACCAUGUUCGGCGAAAGCGUCGUCAUGCGGGUGCUCGACCGCUCGGUCGUCUCGCUCGACUUGAACAAGGUGGGCAUGAACGCCGACACGCUCAAGGCCUUCCGCGAGGUGAUCAAGAAGCCCAACGGAAUCAUUCUCGUCACGGGUCCCACGGGCUCGGGCAAAACCACCACCCUGUAUUCCGCGCUGAGCGAACUGAACGAAAUCACCGAGAAGCUGAUCACGACCGAAGACCCGAUCGAGUACGACAUCGACGGCAUCGUUCAGGUCCCCAUCGAUUCGUCGAUCGGCAACACCUUUGCUUCAUGUCUACGGGCCAUCUUGCGGCAAGAUCCCGACAAGAUUCUGGUCGGCGAGAUUCGCGAUACCGAAACGGCCGAAAUCGCCGUGCAGGCUUCGCUCACAGGGCACACGGUGUUCAGCACGUUGCAUACGAACGACGCCCCGGCGACCGUCACCCGCUUGAUGGAUAUGGGCGUUGCCCCGUUCCUCAUUACUGCCACGGUCGAAGCCAUUUUGGCCCAACGGCUUGUGCGUCGCAUUUGUAUGCAGUGCCGCGAAGAAACCCGGCCUGGUGCCGAGACGCUGGCCGACAUGGGGCUCACGGCCGAAGACGUGGCCGACAAGAAGUUCUACCGCGGCGCCGGCUGCGAAGCCUGCAACAACACGGGCUUCAAGGGCCGCGUCGGUUUGUUCGAGCUGCUGGUGAUGAACGACGACCUCCGCGACAUGGUGGUCCAGCACCGCAGUACCGAAGAAAUCCGCGACGCCGCCCGCCACUUCGGCAUGGUUACCCUCCGCGAUGCCGGGAUGGAUGCCGUUUACGAAGGUACCACCACCCUGGAAGAAAUCGUUCGCGAAACCGUGCUCGAGGCGUAA